AUGCAGGCGGUGACCGCCGAGGGCAUGGAACACGACGCGAUGGGGGGUGGUUACAAGCCACAAGACCUUCCAAUGGACCGAACAUAUACACUCCCGUUCAACGCCGUCAACGGGUACGCGGUGUCGACAAAGGGAGCGGCGUAUGCUCACUUUGUCGAGAUCAUGACAAGCCUUGCUGGCCAAGUGUACUCCGUGUCACCCACUGAUGAUCCGGCGACAACAGAUCCGAGCUCCGCAGUUCGCGUACCUAUAAGCUCAUUAUUCGCCCAUCUGAAAGACAACGCGGUCAAUAGCAGUUGUGCAGACGACCCCGGCGCGGGAUGCGAGACUGCACGACGGAACCGGGAAUGGCUACUUGCGUACGGAGAAGUCAAGAAAACUUGUAUUCGCAAGACGGCGUACGAAGCUGACAUGCCUAUCGAUAUCACGAGACCACACGAACAUAUUUACAGGCAACACGAUCCUGCUGUGGAUGCACCUCAAGAGACCAAGGCUGCUCACAAAGUGGCUAGGUCUAACCGAAAGCGCAAGGGCUCUCCUGCUGUAGAGACAAAUCGACUACACAAGAAGAUAUGUCUGGAUAGAGGAGGAGGUUUGACGAGACAAGAGACACGAAUUGGAAGCUGCGCCACGGAAUUGAUGUCGCACAACAUUCGGUGCUACGGUACCGGGAUCAUGGUCGAGAACUUCAUGGUCAAGCUCUGGUAUGCGGACCGACAUGGAGUGGUCGUAUUGAGGCCGUUCGACAUGUUUGUCGAGUGUGACAAGCUGCUGUUGGUGGUGGCUGCAAUAGCCGGUGCUGAUAUAGCGAAGAUGGGUGUUUGCCCAUUCUUGCGGUUUCCCUCGAGUAAAUUCAAUAGCUAUGAAGACGUAAAGCUCGUGUUCCAGCCGGGUCCAAUGACCAAGGGACUGCCGGAGGUCAAAUACAUAAUCGACACAUCGCGAAUCGUUGAGACGGACUUUGAAAUCGUCAGCCGAGGGACAACGAUCAUUUUCCUGAAAGCGACUGCAGAUACCGGCAGCGAAGGCCUUGUCGCUAAGAUGAUUUGGCCCCCGGAGAGUCGAGUGGCGGACAGGUCUCGCCUCGCACAGAAGCCACAAUACUUGCAGAACAUUGAGAUACGGCUACCGCGCGCCUCGAUGACACUGCACAACUUUGAGUACGAACACCGGGAGUUCCGGAUGAUUGUGAUGAAGAGGUACGAGGAGCUGGAGCAAGUGCGAACUCAUCACUGGGUGUGGGAGACGUCGAAUAUCCUGCAUCGCGAUAUCAGCUCAAACAACAUCAUGUUCUAUCGGGAUGAUGGACGUGUCGUAGGAGUGCUGUGUGAUUGGGACAUGGCGGCAUGCAUAAGCCACGAAGAUAAGGCCGUGAAGACUGAGCGGACAACGACUAUCGAUAAGGAGCCUUGA